UCCGGCAACCUUUCAAGUGUUUUUCAACCAUGGCCUCUGGUAAGAGUUAUUUCUCUGAAAAUACUCCAAGAAUUGUCGUAAAAAGUUUAUUUACAAAAUACGACAUUGAUGGGAGUGGUAGACUGCAGCGAGAUGAGCUAAUGAGACUUUUAAAAGAUGACAUGGGAAUGGAUUCCAAGCAAGCUGAAGCCAUGGCUUUAGUUGUUGAUAAAGAUGGUAGCGGUUCAGUGAGUUUUGACGAGUUUAUGGAAUGGCUUCACGACAGAAAAGGCCUGGAUACUGUCAAUGAUAAUACAAAGUAUUAUUACACGAGAAAGGCUGUGGAUAUGUUCAAAAAGUAUGAUAAAGAYGGCAGUGGAACGAUCGAAGUUAAUGAGCUGAAACAACUCCUGAAAGACGUUAACUACAAGCAGUCUCUAGAAAGUGCUUUAAAAGUGUUGGAUAAAGAUGGAAAUGGAAAGAUUUCUUUUCCUGAGUUUUUAAAAUGGUUGAACUGGAUUCCUUCAGACCAGUAGACAUUGCGGACAACAUUUACUAGGAUUAUUUAACUUAAAAGUUAAAAGUAAUUAAUUUAAGAUUGUACUAAAAUUAAUUAUGCUCAUGAUAUUGUACUACCAGUUGUGGUUUUUCGAACUCGGGAAGAAUUAAAAGCUAAUGUAUAGAGUAAACUACUAGUAAUGUUCUACUGUAGGGAUAGAAUCAAGUGUGAAAACCUGAUUAGCAUUGAUAUGCAAAAUAAACAUUUACUUUCUAUUUUGAA